CCUCCCAAAGUGCUGGGAUUACAGGCUUGAGCCACCGCGCCCGGCCGGUAAAGGUUUUUGUAAUCUCUUAAAUAUCAAUGCUAAACAUAUUAUGAUAAUGUAUCACUUUGAUAACAGAUAAAACUUCUAAAAAUGUAGCACUCUUACAUUUUGAUUCUAGUAUUUAUAAGUAUAAUAAAAUGAUACAUUAUUUUUCCAUAAUUUCUCUCACAUCUUAAAAUUCUCAUUAGAAAGUCUCAAAUGUAACUUCUAAGCUCUUUCUGUAUUCAUGGGAAACUUUAGCUUUUUCACAUACUAGAGAAAAUAAAAUAGACAGUCAAAGAAUGAUGAGCAAAGGCUAUACAAAAAGUCUAGCUAAUAGUUUGCAAAGUAGGUUGUAUUAGAAAAUGUUCCAAUAACUUUGCACUGGAAUGGGGCUAUUGAUUUGAAGUAAUCUGAUAUAUUACAACAUCAAAGGUCUAUUAUGCAAAACAAGUUUGAACGCAUCUCAUGUGUACUUGGUGUUUUUUUUUUAAUAGAUUUUGUUUCAUUUUAUACACUUGAAAAGUUUACUCCCUUAUUUGAUUCAACAUAUUUGCAAAAUCUGCCAACAGUAUAAAUGUUGAAAGUUCUAGAUGGGGUUUUAAAGAAAGGGCCCUGGGUUUAAAGUCAGUCUUGAGGUAUUACCAGCACCAUUUAAUUGCUAGUUGUUUGACUUCAGGUAUGUUUCCUGCCUUUUCUGAGCCUGUGGUUCCCAGCCAUAAAAUAGAACUGAUAGUACCUGCUCUACUACCUCACAAGAUUUAAAAGAAAAAAAAAAAAAGAAAAAAAGAUAGUGUAGGGCAGUGGUUCUCAAAGUGUGGUCCAAGGAGCCACUGAAGGUUUCAUGGGUCAAUAAGGAUCUCCCUUAUGUAAGAACAGAUUCUCAAUAUACUCGAACCAAAACAACAUAUGACAACAGAUUGAAUGCAGAAUCAGAUAAGAGAGUCCACCUGCAUCUGUUAAAGCCAGAACCACAAUGGACACUGCCAGCCAUAGCCUUGUUCUUCUCCAACAACUGAACAUGCAGCGAGAAUUUGGUUUUCUGUGUGAUUGCACAGUUGCAAUUGGAGAUGUUUACUUCAAAGCCCACAGAGCGGUGCUUGCUGCUUUUUCUAACUAUUUCAAGAUGAUAUUUAUUCACCAAACAAGUGAAUGCAUAAAAAUACAGCCAACUGACAUCCAACCUGACAUAUUCAGCUAUUUGUUGCAUAUUAUGUACACGGGGAAAGGGCCAAAGCAGAUUGUGGAUCAUAGUCGUUUGGAGGAAGGGAUUCGAUUUCUUCAUGCCGACUACCUUUCUCACAUUGCAACUGAAAUGAAUCAAGUGUUCUCACCGGAGACUGUGCAGUCCUCAAAUUUAUAUGGCAUUCAGAUCUCAACAACCCAAAAAACAGUUGUGAAACAAGGACUGGAGGUCAAAGAAGCUCCUUCUAGUAACAGUGGAAACAGAGCUGCUGUCCAGGGUGACCACCCCCAGUUACAGCUGUCUCUUGCUAUUGGUCUGGAUGAUGGCACUGCAGACCAGCAGAGGGCCCAUCCUGUCACCCAGGCGCUGGAGGAGCACCAGAAGCCCCCAGUUUCCAUCAAGCAGGAGAGAUGUGACCCAGAAUCUGUGAUCUCCCAGAGCCACCCCUCACCCUCAUCAGAGGUGACAGGCCCCACUUCUACUGAAAACAGUAUCAAAAUACACUUAUGCCAUUACUGUGGGGAACGUUUUGAUUCCCGUGGUAACCUAAGGCAACAUCUCCAUACACAUGUGUCUGGAUCCUUGCCAUUCGGUGUCCCUGCUUCCAUUCUGGAAAGCAAUGACCUUGGUGAAGUGCAUCCCCUUAAUGAAAACAGCAAGGCCCUUGAAUGCCACAGGCUCAGCUCCUUCAUUGUUAAGGAGAAUGAACAGCAGCCAGACCACACCAACCGGGAUACCACAGAGCCUUUGCAGAUCAGUCAAGUAUCUUUGAUCUCCAAAGACGCAGAGCCAGUAGAAUUAAACUGUAAUUUUUCUUUUUCAAGGAAAAGAAAAAUGAGCUGUACCAUCUGUGGUCAUAAAUUCCCUCGAAAGAGCCAAUUGUUGGAACACAUGUAUACACACAAAGGUAAAUCUUACAGAUAUAACCGUUGCCAAAGGUUUGGUAAUGCAUUGGCCCAGAGAUUUCAGCCAUACUGUGACAACUGGUCUCAUGUCUCCCUGAAAAGUUCUCGCUUGUCACAAGAACACUUAGACUUGCCUUGUGCCUUAGAGUCAGAGCUUACACAAGAAAAUGUGGAUGCUAUCCUAGUUGAGUAGCAGCUUCUCUUUCAGAAUUUUUAUACCAAUUCUGAAAAAGAAAAUUUGCAUGGCAUUUUUUAUUCAUAAAUUAUUUUCCUCCUCAAGUUUGGUUGACUUUUUUUCUUCACAGCUUAUCCAUGGUUUUAAGGUUGUAUAUAUUAGAUCUUCUCAUAAGACAUAUUAAUAUGUGGCUAUUAAAAUGUAACAUUCAAUUACUACUGUGAACUUUUCACAAAUGAAAUUACAAUUUAGAAAUCAGAAAUCAAUGUAGAAAUAUGGAAACUUUAAAUAGUUAUUUAUAGAAUUUCUAAGUUUUUCCAGUUACAGAACCAGUAAAAUCAGAUUGAAUAUAAAGUAAAUGAAAUCUGUUUUAAAGCAUAUUCUAAACUAUCACUUCUGCCUACAUUUCACAUGAAUUCACUCCUACAAGGAUUAUUUUUAAAUAUUUUCUUCCAUAUAGGAAAUUAAUACUUAUUUUAGUGCAUAACUAUAUGUUAUACAUAUGUUAUAAUGUAUAAAAAUUUAUUUUAAGAUAUACCAAA